CAAAAAAUAAUAGUUGUCAGUUCUUUCCAAGUCAUAGGGUAUAGUCUACUUUUAAUGGAUUCAUUUUCUAGGUUUGGUCGAUAACUUAAUGUCUUUAAAUGGCCUGAUAGUUUAAAAAUUUCGCGUGAAGUAUCUGACAAAUACCAUGAAUGCUUAAGAUUUUCCGUCAUCCUUUGAUGUCGAAAACGCGAAAGAGGCUAAUUAAUUGCUUCAUCCUGUAUGUAUGGAAAAUGUAUAUAUUUCAGUAAACAAAGCGCGGGUUUUGCAUUGAAAUACUGACGACUCAUGGACAUUGUGUGACAAGUGAAUGGUCGGGACACUGCUAUGUAAUAACAAAUCCGCACACUUGAUUCGUUGAUUCGCUUUUUUCAUUUUCUCAUGUAUUGCAUUCUGCGCAGAUCUCCGCCGGAUCUUUGAAGGCGCCGCAUCACCUGGGAUCUGUCAUACAUUUAAAAGUAAGCCAGCGGUGCGGGCUCCUCUCUAGCGCCAACACGUGGGCGAGCGGUGGGAGGGACAAGCGGUGAAAGUUCCAUGACGUCUGCGCCGACAGAGGGGGUGAUCAAGGGGCUCUCAGCCCUUACCGCACAAAACCCUUUCCGAGGCUGAACCCAGGACCACAGGAGGGUCAGAGGGGCAUGGAGACCCUGGCAGAUUCAGGGGACCCAGCAGGUGUGAGGGGCCCCAAAAUGUAUUGUCAGCCUCCCCCUAUAUACUGGGGGUUCUCUAGCAGUGGCCCAAAGUGACAUUUUAUCAAGGGGGGCAGAAUCUCUAUCUUUGUCUCCAGCAGUGCCUCUAGAUACCAUGUUAAUUGUGCGGGCAAGCAGAUGGAAACAACACAGGAAUGAAUUCAUUUGUUGUGUUAAGCCUGAUUUGUAUGAACUUGUUUUGAAAGCGAGCAAAUCAGCGAGAUGGUAAAAAUGUGCCAAACUGUGAAGAAAUCUGGUAUAAGCAAGGAAGACUUUUGUAAUAAAAUCAGCACCACCUAGGUGGACUCAUGUGAGGUCAAGAUGCAGCAGCCAGCCGCUGAAGAAUACCCUUCUGGAGAAGACAAUUAAUAUGUCCGCAGAGUCAGGAGCUCUUUGACCAUCAUCCCUUUGGACAUUCCCUGCAGAGCAAAGGCUGAACAUGGAGCCACCUGAAUCGGGUGUCGGGCAAACAUCUAAAGUGGAGACCCGAGAGAGGAAGACGGACGAAGGCGCAGGCAUUUCGGCACCCACAGUCAGCACCAAAAGAAGCACUUUUGCGGAUUCAAAAGGGAAAGGUUAUGCACAGCUGGGCUCGCGAAGAUGUUUGGCAGAAGAGCAUUUUGGCAAAGAGCUUUCUUCUGUGGCGGGCCAGUCGCCUCUAGAAAGACAGUGCACACAGCGUUGUCCUCGCGGUUACUCCUACCGCUUACGGCAUUCGAACCAACAGAAGCCUAAGCAGAAAGGGUCCCUGGCGGGGGCGAAACCACCGGCUGACCCGGAAAUGCUUGCCUCGCCAUUGAUUGGCCAGUUGCAGCUCCACGCGUCAGGGCAACAGGCUGAUCUCCCUUGCAGGAACUCUCCGCGCGUACCUACCUCUUUCAGCCAGACUUCCCAGUCAGGGAUCGAUCAGCUAGGGGGCAUGCUCAGGAAAGUGCCAAAAUCAAAGAAACCCGGAAAAUAUGUCUGUCAUUAUUGCGGAAGGGCUUGCGCUAAGCCUAGUGUGUUAAAAAAACACAUUCGGUCCCACACAGGAGAACGGCCGUACCCGUGUAUUCCUUGUGGUUUCUCCUUUAAGACCAAGAGCAACUUGUACAAACACAAAAAGUCACAUGCUCAUAGUGUUAAGGCAGGGCUGAUCCCAUUCUCGGAGCUGACGUCUGUGUGUAAAGGUGUCGAUCCGUCAUCGCUGGGCGGAGAAGCCGAAGUGCACUCCGAUUACGAGCAGAACACUGACACAGAUGAAGAGUCUGCCGCGUUCUUGAGCAAAGGCAGCCCCGUCCCUCGCAUAUCUCUCGCGGCAGACAGAAGCAUCAUGGCAAUUGGACCGGACUGUACUCAGUCAGCUGAAGAGCUGAUAGCGACGCCUAAGGAGGUUCCCAUUGUUGUCGCGUCAGAACGGGGAAUCCCGUGCACGGUGGGGGAAUGCCCUUGGUUCACAGAUAUCAAUAUCAGUGGUCAUCGGAGUAGUGGGGAUGAGUUUCCCACUAUCAAACAGAAACUGGCUCUGAGGCUCACUGGGAAAAAAGGGCAAGACUCUGGAACUUCUAUGAACCUUCUGAGCCCACACAGCAAAGGCAGCACCGACUCGGGCUACUUCUCACGCUCAGAAAGCGCCGAGCAGCAGAUCAGCCCACCCAACACAAACGCUAAAUCCUAUGAGGAAAUUAUGUUUGGAAAGUUUUACAAACUUGGCCCAAGGUCCAGGCAGACCGUUCCAAUGGCGAUGGCCAAAGUCACCAGCCCAGACAGAAAUAUUAUUAAUAUACAGGACAAAUCGAACACGACGCCAGGUUCAGGAAUAGGCAAGGCUUUGGAGUGUCAUAAAUCCUGUCAUUACACAAAAGAUGAGAAAUUAAUUAACCCAAUUCAUCAGAAUGUUACCACAUUUUUGAGGGAUGAUGUAGAUUCACAAAUGAAAAUAAGCUCAUUCCCUAGGCAGUAUUCUCCCAAUUUCUGCCAAAUUGCCACAAGUCCCUCAGAAGUUGUGCCUGACACCGGGCCUCUGGUGAGAAGCAACUCAGUGCCAACGCCGCCAGCAGGGAACCUAAGUGCGCCGCAAGGAUUACAGGGGAGUCACUCAUUUGAUGAGAGGAUGACCUCUGACACUGGCUUUUAUCGGAGUUCAGUGGGUCUGAGGAGGCUUAGGAGACAAGCUGCAUUUGAGUUCAUUGCCCACGAGGGACACAUGGAACAUGAUAACUCAGGAACCAGUUCCAAAAACAUUUUUCCACCACCUGGGACAGUACAAUUAGACGAACAUAUUCCUUCAUUGUCAGACUUAAAAGGACAUGGCUCAUACUCUUCUAGCAUAGAGGGCUACCCUGAAGUUCUGGGUCAGGUCAGAGUUAUGCAUCACAAACAGGUGACCGAAAUCGCCACGAGAAAACGAAGGAAGAAAAAGAGUGUCGGCGAUGAAGAAGACUUCCCCAUUCAACAUGACAAUGAUUUUGACAGUUCGGUUGAGAUGCUUGCUACCGAGUACGAUUCAAAACAAGAACAUCAGGAUGGUUUCAGAAGAGCAUUUACUGGUAUAGGACAGCUGUACAGUAUACAUAGGGAACCAGAGAAUUUAGCUACUGGUACCUGCAUGGCAACAGAUGAAACAGUGCUCAUUUCAGACCUUGACAGGAAGACUGGAGGGAAUGUAAUUUCAGUUAUUCAGCACACAAACUCUUUAAGUAGGCCCAGCUCUUUUGAGAAGUCGGACUCAAUUGACCAAACUUUCCACCCACUGGGUACACUCGCUGGCCAGUAUUUGGAGCAGUCCGACUCGGAAAAACCUGGAGAAGCGCAUGGUUCAGACCCGAAAAGGUCUAGCCACACGGAGCUGCAACAGAUGGGCAGCGAACCAGCAGACCAAUCUUAUCGGUUGCCGCACAAACUGGUCCGUCAAGCUAACAUCCAAGUGCCUGAAAUCAGAGUGACAGAGGAGCCCGACAAACCAGAAGAGGGGCCAGAUACAUCAAAUAAAGAAUCGGAGAAGCAUGUGGAGGACUUCCAAUGGCCGCAGAGAAGUGAAACCCUGUCUCAGCUUCCUGCGGAGAAGUUGCCUCCGAAAAAGAAACGACUGCGCCUGGCUGAAAUGGAACACUCCUCUGGGGAAUCUAGCUUUGAAUCGACCUGCACCAGCCUCUCCCGGAGCCCCAGCCAAGAGAGUCAUUUGUCUCCCAGCUCAAGCUUCUCAAUGUCAUUUGACAGGGAGGAAAGUAAUAAGUCGGCCUCGCCGGCUAAGCAGGACGACUUUGGCAAGCAGUCCGAGUUCUUAACUGUGCCAUGCAGCGGACGCACUCUCCCUGUACGCAACCAGUCCCAGCGGAAGGAGGUGAGGCGCUCCUCUUCGGAGCAGACAGCGUGUGUCUUAAACGCAGAGGUGCCGGAGAUCCGCAGCAAGUCGUUCGACUAUGCGGGGCUGUUGUCUUCGUCGAACUUGGGUGACGUCUAUGGUAGCGCUUCAGCAAUGAAGGAACGCAGACGGGGUUAUCUAGUUAGACAGGCACCGCUAAGCGUAUAUCCCGAAUCCGUCACGCAAGACAAGGGCUUAGAUUUGAAAAUUAAGGAAGAACAACUAGAAAGCAACAGUUCCCCUCUAUUACACAGCCUAUGGCUGAGUACUCCCUCAUCUUUGACCGAAAGACCGAACGGCUCCCCGGCUUACGAUGUGGCUUUAUCGAGCAAAGGUGAAGACAGCCAUCCAGGGACAGGUUUCCUGAAGCAGAGAACAUCUCACUUGCUGGAGCAUCAACGUGAACAUUGGUCAACUGAAGCCCUUAAAAAAGAGUUGAUAGGGAAACCUGCCACCCUGUCGCCUCAGUCAGAAGUGUUCUGUCAGUCGGAGUUAACACAGAGACCGUAUCUUCCAAGGGCUUCUCCUUGGAGUCUCAGUGAUCUCCUGUCUAAAGCCUUUUCUGGUAGCACAGGGCUUCUGCAACCAUUUCAAACUAUCCUACCCCCUGAAAUUGCUGGUUCUCAGCCACCUCCACCGGACACGUCAGUUCCUGUCAGGAUUCAAACACAGGUGCCAUCUUUUGGUAGCGUCAUGUAUACAACCGUCUCCCAGAUACUAGCUACCCAUUCCCAAAGUAACAGUUCAGCUAUGGCUAUUUGCAAUGUCAAGGAUAAUACUUCGUACACAAAGACCAGUUCAAAUGAUGGAAAGGUGUUUAGUUUACCCCAUAUAUUAAGUAAUGCUAAUGAACCUGUGCAUUAUCCAUUAUGGAAAUUACAAGAAGUUAAGCCUGCCAGAAUGAACACAGGAAUUCCUCUGACUUUGACCUCUGGAACCAUCUCAACCACUGAUGCUUCAGGUACUGGUGGAAAUAAACGCAUAUUAUCCCCAGCCAAUAGCGUGGAGCUCUUCAUUGAAACCAAACAGCAAAAACGCGUUAAGGAGGAAAAAAUGUACGGUCAGAUUGUGGAAGAGCUCAGUGCUGUGGAGCUCGACAAUACCCGUGUGACAAAAGCCAGCGGGAAGUCACAGAAGUCUGACCUUAAGAGCCGUGGGUCAGCUGACUACCAGAAGAGAAUGUCAGCUUCACCGCUGUUACAUUUACCCUCCACGGUCGUCGCCUUACCUGCAGCCGAACCUCAUUUACAAGGGGUAGUAGACACCCGCGAAGGAAUGCAUUCCCCAGAGAGCCUAGACAUUGAUGAACCUUACCCACCUGCAGCUGAAAUCCAAGAGAUGAUGGACAGUAAGGCACCCUUAAAGAUGCUGGUAGAGAUUGCUACCAGUCAAGAUAGCACUAUCAUGGGGAGUACGAUUUUGCUCGCUGAUGUUGGUCGUGACCAAAUGAUUUCUCAGUUCCCUAGUCUUUGCACGUCCACGAGUGUGAGCUGGUGUUUCUUGAAUUAUACAAAGCCAAACAUAGCUCAGACCAGCUCCAUCGCCUCUGUUUACGGUUCUUGGUUUGUAAGCUCUUAUAAUCCAAAUCCACCUGACCUAAACACAAAGACAAGCCUAGCAUUGCUGCGUUCCAAGCAGAGGAAGACUGCAGAGUCAUACACGACGGCUUCCAUGUAUCCGCAGGGAACUGGGAAAGUUGUUUCCUCGCUCUUGUGGAAACAGAAGUUUGACCAGGAGAAACCAGAAGUCAUGCAGCUAGAUGUGAAGCUGGAGAAAAGAACAAAAGAGUCCAACGUCAGAGAGCGAGUAGCUGAGGGCAACAGGCACAAGGAGUCUUCAGCAAAGACGGCCGAGCCAAACCGCAUCAAGAUUUUUGAAGGAGGGUACAAAUCCAAUGAAGAUUACGUCUAUGUGAGGGGCCGGGGCAGGGGGAAGUACAUCUGCGAGGAAUGUGGCAUCCGCUGCAAGAAGCCCAGCAUGCUGAAGAAGCACAUCCGCACACACACCGACGUCCGGCCAUACGUCUGCAAGUUCUGCAAUUUCGCCUUCAAGACGAAAGGAAACCUGACGAAACACAUGAAGUCCAAGGCACACAUGAAGAAAUGCGUGGAGCUUGGCGUGUCUUUGACGUCUGUGGAGACACCAGAGGCCGAGGAAGCUGACAAUGUGGAUGAAGGACAGCGGGCACCUUGGAAGUCAGACCGAACGGGAGUAAUUGCUGAGCACCAGUUCUCUGACGCCGAUGACUCUGAAGGGGUCGAAGAGGAAGCUGAUGAGAAUGAGGAGGACGAUGAUGAGGAUGAAGAUUACGAGGGCGACUCCACACCCCGGACACGUUCCCGAAGCACAAGCCCCCAGCUGUCUGGGUCACCCUCUGUGCCCAUCACUGCCUCCGCGGUGUCCCUGGGGGCCUCUUCGGACUUCCCAUACCCAGCUGCCAGGCAGCCACUCUUCGGGCUGCCUGACAUCCAGCUAAGACAAAAAGGUGAUAGGGCUUGCAGGGCACAGAUGGUGGAGGGCCAGAGGUCCACGCAAGGGCUGACAGGCGAUGAGCAUGAGAAAAGCCUUAAUAUGGCUGGCUGCUUGGACAAGACCUCUGCACUGUCACCAGAACACAGCUUCACUACCACCGAUUUCUCUCCAUCUAGUCUGCCAUCCCCUGGCUACGACUCAUCACCACACAGGGAGCCCUCGCCCACACCGCACAGGUACCUGUGUCCUUCGCGGGAACUCCUAUCCCAGGGGCACCUGAGGCAUGUGUCUCCAAAGAAGGACGUCUCCAUCAGGCGGGGCUUCUCUCCACGAGCGCACUCCUCCACUGACCUGAUCGCUAGGCCUGUGUCGCCGGGAAGAGACAUAACUUGCAAACGUGAGCUGUCUCCCAGGAGUCGACACCGAGGCACCAUAAGGCCUGUGUCACCUCGGAGGGGAAUGCACCAUCACAGCGUCCCCUGGAACCAGGGAUCGAACCUACCGUCAGAAUUUACCACAUUCGACAGUCGCUCAGAUGUAAACAUGGAGCAGAGGAAAAGCUCUCCCCAAACAUCACACCUUCCCAGUGAAGACCACCGCAGCUUAGUACCUCCAAGUACCCAGCAGGGUCUCUUCAGUCAUCUCCCCAUGCAUUCCCAGCUUCUGGUACGGACUCCGGUCUCCACCGUGCCCAUUGGGGGGAUCCAGAUGGUCCCAGCAGCACCGCUGUCUGCCGGAGGUCUGCUGAAGAACACGCUUAGCGAAGCCGUUGCCGGCACCGUGCCCUUCCGGCAUGGCGAAGCUAGCCGUAAAGUGGCGGGCGUCUUUCCCGGAAAGGAGGAGGGGCUGUCCGUUCCCACCCCCCAGAGAGUCAGCCAGGAUGCCGGGGACAAGGCCGGCGUGCCGGACGAGAGUGUGCAGAUCUGCAUGAAGGCCAUCGCCUCCCUCAGGAUCAGCGCGGAAGAAGCCGCGCAUCCCGAUGACCGCCGGAAGCAAGAGCAUCCCGAUGACCGCCAGCCGCCUUCCCCGGCUUCCCAUCCUCGCGUGAAUUCCUGAGACGACACACGGGUCACAGAUGCAGCACUGUAGCGGUUUCCGAUAUCCGCACUGUCCCAGGACUGACGUGUCAGCUUUCCCCCACCCCUGGCCGACUCGGCUCUGGACGGCUCGGGCUUGGCGUAUCCUCCAUCGCCCUGGGCAGCCUUCUGCACUGCGAGUUCCAGGAAGAGAUUUACUGGCAAAAUGACCUGAGGGCAUUACCAAUAAGCACAACAAAAACUGGACAAGGAGUCACGGAUCACAGGCAAAAAAUGGAUAAUACACGCAAACACAUACACAAACACACAGAAUUCAAACACCAUACAUUGGUACUGAAGUCUUUACAUAUACCAAUAAUUUAAUAUUGUAGUUUGAAUGUAAAGUACUGUAUUGCAUGCCUUUUAUAACAUCGAAUUCCAGUAAUUACGAGUUAAAAAGUGGUUGUGUAUGGUUAUACUGUAUAUAUUGACAUGUAUGUCUGGCCAAAAUUGCUCAUAGAGGUUUUUUGUCCAAUCUGGUACUUCUCAAUGUUAUGAUAUGUGUGCCUUUUCUUUAUUUUUGUGCUAUGAUUAAGUCUAUAUUGAGAAUGGAGAGAUGUACAUAUAUUUCGUUUGUGUAAAUUACCUUUGUAAUAAAUUUGAACUUAACAGGAGUCUGAGAGAUGUGAAGUAUUAAUACACGUGAGGUUGCACUGAAACAUAUUUUUACAUGAAUGGAGUCUAAAUAUUUUUGUGUACAGCUGCUACUCUGAAAUUGUAUUUACGGUGGUAUGUAAUUAUUAUCGUUGCCUCUUUGUAUGUAUCGAUCUCUGUCACUAAAUCUGAAAAACAAAUACGGAAUAUGUAUAGUGUAAAAUUGCUUUAUGUAUAAUAAACCUUAAUGUCUGUAUAUGCAUAUAUAUGAUGAGAUUAACAUUUUAAGAUCAUGUUUGGUGCAUUUGUUGCAAGGUACUGCUGCUAUAAAUAUGUAUAUGAAAUUUUAACGAGCAAAGAUCUUAGGGUACUAUCGUAAUAUAUAACAGAUUGGAAUUUUAAAAAGUGCUAGCAUUUUAAAUGAAUGUUUGUUAAAUGUGUACAAAAAUGAAAAUAAACAGCACUUUUUCUUGA